AUGGAGCCCAACAGUCCCAAAAAGAUACAGUUUGCUGUGCCUUUAUUCCAGAGUCAGAUAGCGCCCGAGGCAGCAGAGCAGCUGGGCCUUUGUUGUUCACAGAUCAGGAAAAGAAGACCUACACCGGCAUCACUGGUGAUUCUCAACGAACAUAACCCCCCAGAAAUAGAUGACAAGAGGGUGACCAACACACAAGCAGAAUCACAGAAUGCAUCCCCUAAGCAAAGGAAGCAGAGCGUGUACACACCACCCACCAUGAAAGGGGUUAAACACCUGAAAGGCCAGAGUAAAUCAGCAUUCCCCGAAGAAGAAGAAGGCGUCAAUGAAAGAGAAGAGCAAUGGGACCAUUAAUUAGGGGUCUGCAGCAAGAAGACUCCUUGGGAAUAACUGAACUAUUCACUUUUCUGAACAACCCAUGGAAAGCCAUUGCUUGACUUCCAGAAGCAUUCUCCACCUCUGCUCUCUACACUCAUACACUUGUAGUACACCUCCUCGGAAGCCCUCCUUGAUUGGACCUUAGAACUAAGUACAGGUUGUUCCAUAUCAUUUACAAGUCAAAAACAAGCA